AUGUCGGACGCUAACAGUAACAUGAGUUAUUUAAGACAAUACAGGUUUCAAAGAAAACCCAAUGUGCCAGGCUCAAGCAACUCUGUUACUGUUGUGGCAUCUUCAUCACACUCUCAACCUAUUAUAAGAAUGGCUGCACCACAUUCUGCUAAUAAAAAUCUUCCCAUUGUAUACAAACGCAUCAGAGUCCAGGAUUCAGAUUCAGAUGAUGCAGCUUCACCGGUAAAGAAAGUGGCCGUGGUAGAACUCACCACAGCUGUCAAAGAACGACGCUUUAGGAAUAUGUUGGAAAUGUUCCCUGAUAUAUCUCCAAUGUUCGUAAAGAAUACUCUAGUUAAGCACGGUUGGAAUGAGGAACGUUCUAGAGAUGAGUUACUUAAACACGACCCGGAAAGCGACGAUCGCAAUUUGCCAGGUACAACUUUCUUUGGCAUUGGUCGCCCCGGUGUUUCAGGACAAAUAUCUCGACCGAAUGGAUCUCUGAACAUAAUAAGAGUAUCUAGUGGCCCUCAAGGGUCAAACAGUAGCAAUGGAGGGAUUGUAGUUAGGAAACCUUUGACCUCGAAGACAGUAAGAGUGAGAAGAGGCAGUAGUGGUAGUGAGGACGGUGAUUACGGUGUUAAGAAGGGCAAGGAUGACAGGGUUUAUGAUAGUGAUGAUUCUGAUAAUGAGAUAACAGAUGAUUUGAUCGGUGACAAGAAGAAGGUAUAUGAGUUCCUCAAUACGAGCAACAUAAAUGAGCUAUCACAGCUUAGUGGAUGCUCACAGAAAAAGGCAGAGGCUAUUAUAGCACAGAGACCUUUCAAUGGCUGGUUAGAUAUGGUAGAAAAGUUCAAUAAUAGUAAAAUGCUUAACACAGACUUAUUAAAUUCGACACAAGAGUUGUUGACGACUAGAAAUAAUAUACAGCGGUUGAUGAAAAAGUGCGUAGGGCUCGCGCAACAGCUGGAGGCAGCGGUGGCCGCGGGCGCUGGACGCCUCAAGCAGCCUACCUCCUUGGAUUCUAGUUUGAAACUGGCACCAUACCAAUUAGUUGGAUUAAAUUGGCUAGCGGUACUGCAUAAGCAAGGCGUCUCCGGUAUCUUAGCUGAUGAAAUGGGCUUAGGGAAAACGGUGCAAGUGAUUGCAUUCCUUGCGCACUUGAAGGAGACUGGGCAAGCGAGAGGAACACAUUUAGUUGUAGUGCCUGCUUCCACACUUGACAAUUGGAGCGGUGAAUUGGCGCGCUGGUGUCCGUCCUUGCGCGUGAGCAAGUACUAUGGACACCCGGAAGAACGUCGCCUGCUGCGGAUAGAAUAUGCGCGCGGUCUCGACAAAUACGACGUAGUUUUAACCACAUAUACAAUGGUGAGUAGCUGUCCAGAAGAACGUAAAAUGUUUAGGAUCACACCGAUGCACUAUGUGGUGUAUGAUGAAGCGCACAUGCUCAAGAACAUGUCCACGCAACGGUACGACAACCUACUCAAAAUUAAGUCAAAACAUCGACUUCUGCUGACUGGUACGCCACUACAGAAUAACCUUCUAGAGCUGAUGUCUUUGCUGUGCUUCGUGAUGCCUCACAUGUUCUCUGGGAAGACCGAUGAUCUGAAAAGCUUGUUUCAGAAAACUGCGAAAGUGAAAACCUCAAAGAAAGCGGAAGGGAACAACAAAGAAGACGAAGUGCCGGCAUUCGAGCAGAGCCAGAUAUCUCAAGCCAAGAGGAUAAUGAAACCGUUUGUGCUUCGGAGGCUGAAGAGAGACGUCUUACAGGACUUGCCCAAGAAAACUAACUACACAGAACUGUGUCCCAUGUCCGAGAGGCAGCAGAAAUUGUACAAGGAUCUCAUAGCUGGAUUCUCCGCCAAUGAUGGCACGAUCCACGCCACAACCGAGCAGAGCGGUGUAUCUAUGAUGAUGGAUAUGAGGAAACUGGCGAACCACCCUCUGCUGCUCCGCUACCAGUACGGUGCGGAUCGCGUCCGCCAGAUGGCGGCACGACUCGCUCGAGACCCCACCUACAAGGAGAAGAACGAGCAGUACGCGUACGACGACCUCAUGUGCCUGUCCGACUUCCAGUUGCAUCAGCUCACGCAGCAACACGACUGCAUAAGAUCGUUCGCUCUACCUCUCCAUUUAAUAUUGGACUCUGGCAAGUUCCUGAAGCUGGACAGCAUGCUGUCAAGACUUAAGGAGGAAGGUCACCGGGUGUUGGUGUUCAGUCAGUUCACUAUGAUGCUGGACAUCCUGGAGCCGUACUUGACCGCCAGACAGCAUAGAUAUCUGAGAUUGGAUGGCCAAACAGCUGUCACUGACAGACAAGACCUAAUAGACCAGUAUAACGCGGAGGACAUAUUCGUGUUCCUGCUGUCUACACGAGCGGGCGGACUCGGCAUCAACCUGACCGCCGCGGACACGGUCAUCAUACACGAUAUAGACUUCAACCCUUACAACGACAAGCAAGCGGAGGACAGAUGUCACCGUAUGGGUCAAACUCGUGAGGUGACCAUCUACCGGCUGCUGAGCGCCGGCACCAUCGAGGAGGGCAUCUACCAAGUGGCACAGGAGAAACUUAACCUAGAGAAACACGUUACAGGCGCUGAUGAGAAUGAGAGCCAAGAGCCGAAGAAUGUAGUGCGGUUGCUGUCAGCAGCGUUAGGACUGACUUCACCCAACAAAUGA